UGCAAUAACAAGAAGUAGACUAAUAAUGUGUUACUUGUGUUUUUUUUUAUAAUCUCAUAAUAUUCAGUUUCUCAUAACACACCUUGCUCUGCUGGUCAGGGUGGAUAGGAAUAGUUUGCUAUACUUGGAAACCAUUUUCUUGUAAGAGCAGGCACUCUUCUGGGCAUGUCUCACAGAUGGUACCCUUCCUCAUUUUAUGAUGGAAGUAAUGUAAGAUCCCUUCUUAAAGGCCCUUAGAGUCUAGUCUCCUCCCAAGAGCUUUGUGCACUCAUGGUAAAAAGCCCCUGUCAACUGCUAUUCAGUCAGUUUUUUCCAUGACAGCAGAUACCUAUCACCCAUCACAGCCAAACUUACAUGACCUGACAUCUACCUCACCAGGAUCCAAUUCAGAUUUCCUUAUUGGAAAGGUGUCUUUCUACUGUAUGUUAACAAAAUGAUUCUAUAUUUACCUUGUAGAAAUAGAUAUGAAUGAGAAUGAAUAUCUUCACAUUGCAAGUGAUUUAUUUGCAUGUCUUUUGCUAUAUAAUCAUCAGAAGUAGUCUUCAUGUAUUUCAGACAAAGAUAUUGUUGAAAUUGGUCACAUACAUCUUUUGCACUGAGAAGAUAUUUCUCAGUUGUACCUUUUUUAAAUAUAUCACAAGGACCACACUUCAAGAAAUUGUGAUUCCUGUAUUCUGAUAAAGCUUUUUAUUCCAGAGAAUGUUAGGAAAUGCUAUAGUGACAGUUCUUGUGCCAGAGCAGCUCGAGGGAGAGAAUGGUGGUCAUCUCUAUGGAAGGUUCACAAAUUCCAAAGCUCAUCCCAUUGACGAGAGAGAGUCAUAUGUCAUUGUUGUAACAUCGAUGAGUUCAAACAAAAAGCCUCCCAUCGGCUGCAUUAAUAACGACAGUCGGAUCCAGACUCGCAGAUCCACCAGGAACGUUUGGGUAGAACUCAGCACUCGGCCACAAAUCCAGCUUCAUUCUGUCAGAGUUUGUGGUGACAAUGUGUGCCUUAGUGAAGUUAAUCUUGUAACCUACAGUUACAAGGAGAUUUGUGAGUCAGAACUCAUUAGCCAGAAGUUCUUAUACAGGGAAGGUGAUGAUCAUGCAAACAACAUAGUGCCAUAUUUUGUGAAAAGUGUGCAGAAAGAUUGUAAAAAGAUGGAUUCUUGCUGGUUGGUGAAGAUUCUACUGGUUUCACUCUUGGUUUUGACCAAGACAAUCCUGUGUGUGACAUGGUUGCCCAAAGUUCUCUUGGAAGGUCUUCAUUAUGUUUUAGUUAAUAAAUUUGACUAUUCCAGCAAUUUACUGAAACAAACUUUACUUCGUAUUAGACAGUUUGAGACUCUGGAACAUGAACUUAAAGAGAACAAGAGAACACUUGUAGCUGGUCGGUUAUUGGCUAUGAUUGCAAUCGACACUUUACUCGGGGUCUCAGUUGUGCUCCUGGUUAGCAGUCAUGCCUCCCUCAAUGAUAUUUAUUCUAUUUUUUGUAGUUCCACAAAGCUGUUAGCAUCAAAUGUCCAGCAUCUGUUAGAGUGGCUGCGGGGAGCUCCAGCGGGCCUCAAGCUGAAUCAGCCUCUGACGCAAGCACUUUCCGCAUUCUUCUCGUAUCAUGUUCAUCUGUGGAGGCUUUAUCUAGACUUGGCCGAUCCCGUGCUGAGGAGUCUGGCUUCGGUGUUCUUCUGGCUGGGAAUGUGCGGAGCUUCUGUUCAGGUGGCCAUUUUGUCUGACUUAAUGGACCUGGCCACACUGCAUCUCUACUGCUUUUAUGUCUAUGCUGCUAGGAUGCACAUGCUGCAAAUUUCUCUCCUGGGGUCCCAGUGGAGAGCAUUCCGAGGGAGAAAGUGGAAUCCUCUCAAGCAGCGCGUGGACAGCUACGAGAUCGAAGGAGGCCACAUGUCACUAAUUAGGGUGCUGACCGCAGUGAUCUUCACCCUCGUGAUAUUCCUUUUGCCCACCACCACUGUAUAUUAUCUAGUGUUUGUGUCGUUAAGAAUAGGACUCAAUACAGUGCGAGGCAUUCUCUCUCUCACCAUGUGGGUUCUAAACAUCAAUCCCCUGUAUCUUAUUCUGCUCAACUUGAUAGACUCAAACAGAAUGAAAGGUGACAUAUACUUUGCAACCCAGCCGAUCGACAAUUCCCGAGCCAGGUAUCCCAUAGCUUCUCCUCUUGCCCUUCAUUUACACACUUGGCCAACGCCACUCUGCGAGGUCCUGCUAUAUGCCCAUUCGGAUGUGUUUCCUGCUAUGCCAAGCCCAAAUUGGAAAGCCUUUUUCUGUAGUGUUGUGUUUGGAAAAGAUUUGUUGUGAGAAGGAAGGGAAAUAAAGACUUAUAAAAGGCUG